AUGGAGAAGCAGAAAGGUGAGAAGGAAGGGUGUGAGAAUGUGAUGCUGUUACAAAAAAGUGUGAAGAAGCUUCACUUUGGAAGCUGGGAAGAGAAAGACGUGGCAGCAAAGGAGAUAGAAAGGUUGGCUAAAGAAUAUGAGAAGGUGAGGGAAUUGGCGACUGAGCUUGGGGUGCUCAGGGUGUUGGUUUCCAUGGCGCUUUCCGACGUCGCUAGCCGCCGCCGAGUAGCACUCAAGGCAUUGAUCCACCUAUCCAAUGGAAAUCACAAAAACAUAGUUUUUGAAGUUUAUGUACUUAAUGCUAUAACCGUAAUUCAGCUGCAGUUAGUUUCUUUUGUUGAUACGAUCUCGGGAAUUUUGUACGUUUGUUCUUUUUUUUUUAGGAACAAGGCUUUGAUAGUGGAGGCAGGACUGUUGUGCAAACUGCCUAAGAAAAUUGACCUUGAAGAUGAAUCAAUAAGAGAGUUUGCAGAUUUGCUCUCUUCGUUAUCAUCUCUUGGAAACAUCCAAUUUCCUCAUUCUUCAUUAGACUUUCUCCAAUUUCUCAUAGACAUUCUAAAGUCAUGCCCAAGCUUUGAUACAAAAGAGUCGUGUUUGGUAGCCAUGUGCAACAUCUCAACCGUGCUAGAGAAUGCAGGGCCUUUGAUUUCUAAUGGGGUUGUACCUAUUCUCUUGGAACUGUGCUCAGAGAAAGGAACUUCAGAGAAAGCACUUACCAUCCUUGGGAACUUGGGGGUGACUUUAAUGGGAAAGAAAGCAUUGGAGAACAGCUCAAUUGUGCCAAAAUGCUUGAUUGAGAUCUUAUCUUGGGAAGAUGAACCCAAAUGCCAAGAGUUGUCAACUAAUAUUCUGAUUAUUCUGGCUCAUAAAAAUUCAACACAGAGAAGUAAAAUGGUACAGUCAGGGAUUGUUCCUGUACUUCUUCAAGUAGCUUUAUUAGGGAGUUCUUCGGCUCAGAAAAGAGCACGGAAAUUAUUGCGAUGGUUCAGGGAUGAAAGCCAAAUAGAAAUGGGGCCACAUUUAGGCCCACAGUCUUCAAGAAUUGCAUAUGUAACACUUAAAAAUCAAAGAGACACAGAAGAAGGGAGGAGAACGAUGAAGAGUUUAGUGAGAGAAAGUCUGCAUAGGAAUAUGGAAAUAAUAACUAAAAGAGUUAAUGCAGGUGAGGAUUCGUCUAAUGGGCUUAAGUCCCUGGUUACCAGCACAAGCUCCAAAAGUUUGCCAAACUGAGGCUCAUUCUAUCUUAAAAUUUCUUAGAGACUUAAUUGACCUGUGAAGACAGUCAUUGAUGGUACAGUUUAAGCGAAAGCAAUUUUACGUGGAAAACUCAUCCAUCUGUAUAUUUGACAUUUCUACACAACUAUCACAGAUUAAGAAAUAGUAAUCAGUCUCUUUCCAUUUUCACUUUUAACAUUUCUAUUAUAAUAUACAGUAUCCAAAUAACUUCACAUGUUAGUUUUAUUUCUAGCGUUUCAACAAAUAACUUAAAAUCCAUUUACAUUCUAUAUAUAAAAAACAUUAGCCUAUCUCAACGUCAUUGCUAUAAGAGAUGAACUUGUAUUAGUACUACAUUUAUUCACAACUACAAAUAAUUAUACAUCUAUAUAGGCCU